AUUCCUCCGAUUCCCUUUCUCUCUCACUCUUGAAUCUUCAUUUCUCUCUCUACGGCUCUCUGAUCUUCUUCGUUUGUUGACUGAGUUGUGUAGCUGAAGGCCGGCCAUGGAGAACAAUCAGCAAUCCUUCUGGCAAUUCAGCGAUCAGCUUCGUCUUCAGUCUUCUAAUCUGGCGAAUCUGUCGCUCAACGAUUCCAUAUGGAGCAGCAAUUACGCCACCAAGAGAACUGAUCAGAGGAUGAAUUUCGAUAUCAAGGUUGGUGGUGAGAUCAACAGCAACACCGCCACCACCAAUUUCAACCCCAAGCCUUCUGCUGAUUAUAAUCUCUUCAACGAUAGCUGGAAGAUGCCCGAUUCUUCCAUUUCCAAUGGAUCGCUUUUCUCUGUGCCUCAUAACACUGUUCCCCUCAAUGGAGCUUUCAACAAAGGUAUUUAUUCCAAGCCUUCUUAUCUUGAUCUUAACAUGAACAUCAACUCCAUCAACUCCAAGGCCAACAGACUCGGUGGUAAGAGUGAAGAUCCCAAAGCUGCCAAGAGGAACAACACGAGUGGCAACAAGAAGAACACCGACAAUAACGAGAACAAGGAUACUAAAGCUGCCGUCGACAAGAGAUUCAAAACCCUGCCUCCUUCUGAGUCUCUUCCCAGAAAUGAAACUAUUGGGGGAUACAUCUUUGUCUGCAACAACGACACCAUGGCUGAAAAUCUCAAAAGGCAGCUCUUUGGUCUGCCCCCACGAUAUCGGGAUUCAGUUCGCGCAAUAACUCCGGGACUGCCCCUUUUCCUUUACAAUUAUUCCACCCACCAACUCCAUGGCAUCUUUGAGGCUGCAAGCUUUGGAGGAACAAAUAUUGAUCCAACGGCUUGGGAGGACAAGAAGUGCCCUGGUGAAUCUCGCUUUCCUGCUCAGGUACGAGUAAUUACCAGGAAAAUCUGUGAACCAUUGGAAGAGGACUCCUUCAGGCCAAUUCUUCACCACUAUGACGGCCCUAAGUUCCGUCUUGAACUGAACGUGCCCGAGGCACUGUCUCUCCUGGAUAUCUUCGCUGAUCAAAACACUUUCAAGGAAGUUUUCAACGCGAUACCAGCUUGAAGGUAGAGCAGAAAGACAAUACAAGAACAGAAGUUACGAAGAGAAAGGAUAAUUAUUAUAGAGCGGUUGGUUUAAAUCUUAUACAUGGACUACAAUUAAAGAGUGUCCGAAGCAUUUAUAGUGGAGGACGCAUGAAAUACGCAACCUGAAUAUGUUGUUAAGCAGUGAUUGCUGUAUAGAGGCUGUUGUGUAAGGUUGAAGCCCGAUUUUCUCUUUGGUAUAUACCCAUAUAUAUCAUGAUGACAUAAGAAAAUACAAUAACACCGAACUAUUUUGCUCGAGUUCUUGUACAAACUGAUAACGUGUGGAAGUUUGCUUGUUGAAGUCAAUAUUUGUGUGUUGGAAA